AUGGCACGGCCACGCCGCGUCUUCCCUCUGCUCGUCCUCGUGGCGGCCGCCGCGGCCAUCUCUGUCUCUGCGCCGGCAAUAGCAGCGACGGCGUCGGAAGCCGACGCGCUGCUUGCGUGGAAGGCCAGCCUGACCAACGCGACCGCGCUGUCCGGAUGGACCCGGCCGGCGGCGGCGGCGGCGGCGUGCAGCUGGAGAGGCGUGACCUGCGACGCCGUUGGGGCCAGCGUCGUGGUGCUGCGGCUCCGGAAGCUGGGGCUCAGCGGCGGCCUCGACGAGCUCGACUUCGCGGCGCUCCCGGCACUGACAGAGCUCGACCUCAACGGGAACAACUUCACCGCCGACAUCCCGGCCAGCAUCUCGCGGCUUCGCUCGCUCACCUUGCUCGACCUCGGCAACAACUGAUUCAUUGGCUCCAUCCCGCCGCAGCUGGGCGAACUCUCCGGCCUAGUUGAGCUCCACCUCUACAACAACAACCUCGCCGGCGAGAUUCCGCCGGCUUUGUUCCCGAGUUGGCCCGAGCUCAUAUACUUUGGAGUCCAGCUCAACUCGCUCACCAGAAACAUUCCGCCGGAGCUGGGCAAGGCGAGGAAACUGGGCGUCCUGUUCCUAUACACCAACAAGCUUAACGGCUCCAUCCCCGCGGAGCUCGGCGAGUUGGGGAAUCUGACAGAGCUGGAUCUGUCGGAUAACUCGCUCACCGGACCGAUCCCCAGCUCGCUCGGCAAGCUCAAGCAGCUCACGAGGUUGUCUCUGUUCUUCAACAAGCUCACCGGCCUGAUCCCGCCGGCGAUCGGCAACAUGACGGCGUUGGAAAACUUCGACGUCAACACCAACCGUCUGGAAGGCGAGCUGCCCGCCACCAUCUCGGCCCUCAGGAACCUCGUGUCCCUCUCCGUGUUCGACAACAAAAUGAACGGCACCAUCCCGGCGGACCUCGGCAAGGGCCUGGCCCUGCAAACCGUGAGCUUUGCCAACAACAGCUUCUCCGGCGAGCUGCCGCGGCACCUCUGCGACGGAUUCGCGCUGGAGCGUUUCACGGCGAACCGCAACAACUUCAGCGGCUCGCUGCCGCCGUGCCUGAAGAACUGCACGGCGCUGCUCCGCGUGCGGCUGGAGGGGAACCGCUUCACCGGCGACAUCUCGGAGGCCUUCGGCGUGCACCCUUUCUUGGACUACCUGGACGUCUCCGGGAACAAGCUCACCGGCCGGCUGUCGUCUGACUGGGGAAAAUGCACCAACCUCACCUAUCUGUCUGUCAACAACAACAGCAUGUCCGGCAACCUGGAUUCAACCUUCUGUACACUGUCUUCUCUUCAGUUUUUGGAUCUCUCCAAGAACCAAUUCAGUGGUGAGCUCCCAACUUGCUAGUGGGGAUUGCGAGCUCUGCGGUUUCUGGACGUCUCCAGCAACAGCUUUUCCGGUGAAUUGCCAACAUCAGCAAGCCUCGAACUUCCUCUCAAAUCUCUGCAUCUUGCUAACAAUAGUUUCUCUGGAGUUUUCCCGACAGUCAUUGACAAAUGCGGAGAGCUUGUUACCCUAGACAUUGGGAGCAACAAGUUCUCCGGCCAGAUUCCUUCUUGGAUUGGAACUAGUCUUCCUCUCCUAAGAAUUCUUAUCCUUCGAUCAAAUAAUUUCAGUGGAGAGAUUCCUAGAGAAUUAUCCCAACUUUCUCAGCUUCAACUUCUUGAUUUGGCCAGCAAUAGGUUAACCGGGUUCAUCCCAACAACACUGCUCAACUUACCAUCCAUGACAAAACCAAAAACCUUGCCCACAACACAAUCUUUUACUUGGGAAAUCCCCAUUUUCCAGCCACAAGCACCCCAGGUUACCAACCCUCGUCAGAGAGGAAAACCAAACAAUCAGUCCCCUCUUGAUCAGUCUAGAGACAGAGUAAUCAUAUUAUGGAAGGGACACGAAGAAACUUUCCAAAGAACAGCGAUGAUAAUGACAGGUAUUGAUUUAUCAAGCAAUUCACUUCACGGUGAGAUCCCAAACGAGCUAACAUACCUUCUGGGCCUCCGGUUUUUAAACUUGUCGAGAAAUGAUCUUUCAGGCAGCAUUCCAGAAAGAAUUGGCAAUCUGAAUAUCUUGGAGUCGCUUGACUUAUCAUGGAAUGAGCUUUCAGGUGUUAUCCCUGCAGGCAUUUCAAACCUAUCAUCACUCAGUGUGCUAAAUCUCUCGAACAACCGCUUAUGGGGCCGCAUACCCACAGGAAAUCAACUUCAGACACUUUUGGAUCCAUCAAUCUACAGCAAUAAUUUGGGCCUCUGUGGCUUCCCUUUGAGUAUAGCCUGCCAUGCAUCUAGCCUGGAUGAGAAAAUUGAAGAAUUUGCUUUUGAUAUGGUCUUAUUUUACUUUGUAAUUGCUGGCGUUGUUUUUGGGUUUUGGGUUUGGUUUGGAUCUCUAUUUUUACAUAAGCCACUGAGAGUUUUUGUUUUCCAUCUUGUUGACCGCACACAAAGAAGUUGCGCAAAUUGCAAAUGUUUUACGCCCUAAAGUACUCUUCAGAUGCAGGUCAGCAACGAAGUAAUGCUUUCCUGUUGCUUUUCUUUGAGAGA